AUGAAGGCUCAUAGUUUGCUCCUAACAAUAUUUCUUGGGGUUCUCUUAUUUUGUCAUAGCUUCUCAGAAGCUAGCUGUCCAUGGUAUAACAAGAUAAUUAAAGGUCUUUUCUGCUGGAAGGCAAAUGGAUUACUUUGGUGGAAAGCAAAUAGCUGGCAGGAGUGUAGAGCUAGGUGUGUAAGUGGCAUAUAUACUAUAGUUAUUCCUUGUGAACACUGGACAUGGGAUAGUAAUGGAGGGAUGUGCACCCUCCAAAAUGGUGAUACCCACUGCAUUGAAGAUGCAUAUGGGGUAGUUGCAGGUGAUAAUAGUGUUUCACCUACUGGCUCCUGUUCUACUACAUGUACCGUGGGGGAAUGGAGUUCUUGGUCCAGUACUUGCAUUCCCAAUGUUUAUGGUGGUAUUACUUAUAGAAAUCGUUCUAUAAUUCAACACCCUUUGUACCCAUUAGAACAAUGUCCACAUUUAUACGAACUUGUGAAUUGUAGCCCUUCAAAUUGGGGUGGUUUGUCGCCAGAUUCCUUAUCUUCUGAAAAUAGUGCUCUACCUUAUGUAGAAUCAGGAGCAGUGGCUCAAAACGCCAUUAAUGCUAAUUUUCCUAAUUCAGCUUGUCCCAUGUUUGAUAUUGGCCUUUUAGGUUGGGGAUGUAGCUUUGAUCAGAAUAAAGACUUUGGAAAUACUGUAGUUACAUUAGCUUAUAGUUGGUUAGAAUGUUUAAAUUCCUGUAAAUUAAGUGAUUGUUCAUAUUUCAGCUCCCAAACAAAUGAUAAUGGAACAUCUACCUGUUAUCUAGUAUAUGGUGAUGUUGGUUGCUAUUUCCAUGCUCUUGGAUGGGUUAGUGGCUCUACAAAUACCCUUAUGUCAGAUUCUAAUAAUAUGAAUAACUACGAAGAAUGUAGUAUAAAUUGUGUCUUAGGACAAUGGACACCAUGGUCUGGAUGCAACAAUGCAUUAUGUGAGCAAGGUCGAGGCUAUAGCCAUAGAACACGUCAAAUACUGACUUUACCGCGUGGUAGUGGGGCACCAUGUGGCCCUACAAUUGAGACUAAAGAGUGCAGCUCAAAUAUAUUUACAUGCAAUACCCAGAAUUGCAUUGUUGGGGAAUGGGGGAGUUGGUCUCCUUGUACUAGUUAUGCUGGAGGAACACAAAUUAGGAAUAGAGCUAUUCAAGUACCACCUAAUAUUGGAGGAAAAAUAUGUCAAUCAAUAUUCCAACUAUCAAGUGAUAAUUGUAACUCUGAAUCUCAAAAUCAAUGUGGUGAGAGUCAAUGGUCCGAAUGGAGUAUUUGUUCAAAAACUUGUGGAUCAGGGAUUCAAAAGAGGACACGAACAAAUGCUCCAAUAUCUUGCCCCCCAGUCCAGUAUACAUCUUGUAACACCCAAGAGUGUGAGGAGCUACCAAUUUAUGAUCCAUAUAAUAGCCAUAGGGUUUUCCCACAAUUUAGCCCAAGUCAAAUUAAUGCUCAAUUCAAUAGGAUCUGCCUAAUUAGUGAAUAUAUAAAUACAGAUGAAGAACUUUCAAUUCUCUACAACUUAUAUAACUAG